AGUGGCAGUGACCGCAGCCAAUCGGAGAGUAGACGCGCGGAAAGUUUGCUCAAUCGGUGAUGUCCGAGGGAGACUGUCACUCAAGUAGCGGUGGCUGAGAGCGAGGUGAGACGUGGCGGGAGGACCGGGCUGGCUGUCAGGCCGUUGGGAUCCGCAGCUCAUCCCCGGCUGCUCGGUGGCUCAGGCCGGCAGGAAAGCGGGCGCCGGCGACUUCACCUCCAUGCGCGCGCGCAGGGCCGGCCGCUGAUGGAACGCGCUGCCCACUCGGGGCGGCUCGCGCGGGCGCCGCCGUCGCUGCUGCUGCUGCUGCUGGGGCUUGCGGCGCUGACGGAAGCUGCGGGGCGCGCCCGCGACCUACCCGCCCCGGCGGCGGAGGCGGCGUUCGGCCUGGGGGCCGCCGCGGCUCCUACCUGGGCCCUGCGGGUGCCGGCGGCUGGGGCCUUGACGGCGGCUGAGGUGACGGUGGAGGACGCCGAGGCGUUGCCGGCGGCCGCGGGCGAGCAGGAGCCGCGGGAGCCCGAGCCCGACCAAGAGCCAGAGCUGCGACCGCAUGGCAGAUCAUUAGUGAUUAUCAGCACUUUAGAUGGGCGAAUUGCUGCCUUGGAUCCAGAGAAUCAUGGUAAAAAGCAGUGGGAUUUGGACGUGGGAUCUGGCUCCUUGGUUUCAUCCAGCCUUAGCAAACCAGAGGUUUUCGGGAAUAAGAUGAUCAUUCCUUCCCUGGAUGGAGACCUCUUCCAGUGGGACCGAGACCGUGAGAGCAUGGAAACAGUUCCUUUUACAGUUGAAUCACUUCUUGAAUCUUCUUACAAAUUUGGAGAUGAUGUUGUUUUGGUUGGAGGGAAGUCUCUCACUACCUAUGGACUCAGUGCAUGUACUGGAAAGGUGAGGUACAUCUGUUCAGCAUUGGGUUGUCGCCGAUGGGAUAAUGAUGAAAUGGAACAAGAAGACAUCCUGCUUCUGCAGCGCACCCAGAAAACUGUUAGAGCCGUCGGGCCUCGCAGUGGCAAUGAGAAGUGGAAUUUCAGUGUUGGCCACUUUGAACUUCGGUAUAUUCCAGACAUGGAAACUAGAGCCGGAUUUAUUGAAAGCACUGUAAAACCCAGUCAGAACAAAGAGUCUGAAAUUAUCUCAGAUGUGGAAGAACAGGAAGCUGCCAUAGUGGACACAGUGAUAAAAGUCUCUGUUGCGGAUUGGAAGGUUAUGGCCUUUAGCAAGAAGGGAGGACAUCUAGAAUGGGAAUAUCAGUUUUGUACUCCCAUUGCGUCUGCCUGGUUGGUGAAGGAUGGCAAAGUCAUUCCCAUCAGUCUUUUUGAUGAUACAAGUUAUGCAUCUAAUGAUGGUGUUUUAGAAGAUGAAGAAGACAUUGUAGAAGCUGCCCGAGGAGCCACAGAAAACAGUGUUUACUUGGGAAUGUACAGAGGCCAGCUGUAUCUGCAGUCAUCUGUCAGAAUUUCAGAAAAGUUUCCUACAAAUCCCAAGGCCUUGGAAUCUGUUAAUAAUAAAAAUGAAAUUAUUCCUUUGCCAACAAUCAAAUGGAAACCCUUAAUACAUUCUCCUUCGAGAACUCCUAUCUUGGUAGGGUCUGAUGAAUUUGACAAAUGUCUUAGUAAUGAUAAGUUUUCUCAUGAAGAAUACAGUAAUGGCGCACUUUCAAUCUUGCAGUAUCCAUAUGAUAAUGGUUAUUAUCUACCAUACUACCAGAGGGACAGGAGCAGACGGAGCAUAGGGGGCACCCAGAUCACAGUCCGAGUUCUGAAGAGCCCAGACUACAGCAAGAAUGUCCGCAGAAAGGACCCUGUUCUCCUCCUACACUGGUGGAAAGAAAUAGCCGGGACUAUUCUGUUCUGUAUCAUAGCAACAACUUUUAUUGUGCGCAGACUUUUCCAUCCUCAUCCUCACAGACAAAGGAAGGAAUCUGAAACUCAGUGUCAAACUGAAAGUAAAUAUGAUUCUGUAAGUGGAGAAGCUAAUGACAGCUGGAAUGACAUAAAAAAUUCUGGAUAUAUAUCACGAUACCUAACAGAUUUUGAACCAAUUCAGUGCAUGGGUCGUGGUGGGUUUGGAGUUGUCUUUGAAGCUAGAAACAAAGUAGAUGACUGCAAUUAUGCUAUCAAGAGAAUUCGUCUCCCCAACAGGGAAUUGGCUCGGGAGAAGGUAAUGCGAGAAGUUAAAGCCUUAGCCAAGCUGGAACACCCAGGCAUUGUCAGGUAUUUCAAUGCUUGGUUGGAAGCACCACCAGAGAAAUGGCAAGAAAAAAUGGAUGAAAUUUGGCUGAAAGAUGAAAGCACAGACUGGCCACUCAGCUCUCCCAGUCCAAUGGAUGCACCAUCAGUUAAAAUACGCAGAAUGGAUCCUUUCUCUACAAAGGAACAUAUUGAAAUCAUAGCUCCUUCGCCACAAAGAAGCAGGUCUUUUUCAGUAGGGAUUUCCUGUGGUCAGACAAGUUCAUCUGAGAGCAACUUCUCUCCACUGGAAUUUUCAGGACUAGGCCUUGGAGACACCAGUGCGUCAGUGGGUGCAGUGCACAACCUCCAGGACAGCUGCCUCACAGACUGUGAUGUGGAAGAUGGCACAAUGGAAGGCAGUGAAGAGGGGCACUCCUUUGAACUUUGUCCCUCUGAAGCUUCUCCUUAUGUGAAGUCCAGGGAGAGAACCUCCUCUUCCAUAGUAUUUGAAGAUUCAGGCUGUGAUAAUGCAUCCAGUAAAGAAGAGCCCAAAGCUAACCAACUGCACAUUGGCAACCAUUAUGCUAAUAAACUAACUGCUGCCCAGCAUUCCAGUAGCAAAUCUUCGGAACCUAGUUUGUCUAUUUCUCUUUCAAGACCAACCACUUUAAGUCUAGAUCUCACUAAAAACACUGCAGAAAAGCUGCAGCCCAGUUCCCCAAAGGUAUAUCUUUACAUUCAGAUGCAGCUGUGCAGAAAAGAGAACCUAAAGGACUGGAUGAACAGCCGGUGCAGCAUGGAGGAAAGAGGGUGGGACACGUGCCUGCACAUCUUCCUGCAGAUCGCAGAGGCGGUGGAGUUCCUGCACAGUAAGGGGCUCAUGCACAGGGACCUCAAGCCUUCCAACAUAUUCUUUACAAUGGACGAUGUGGUCAAGGUUGGAGACUUUGGAUUAGUGACAGCAAUGGACCAGGACGAGGACGAGCCGAUGGUUCUGACCCCAAUGCCAGCAUAUGCCCGGCACACGGGACAAGUGGGGACCAAACUGUAUAUGAGCCCAGAACAGGUCUUAACUGAUGUAAGAAAUCUCAGAUUUCCACCACUGUUUACUCAGAAAUAUCCUCGUGAGUAUAUGAUGGUUCAAGAGAUGCUCUCUCCAUCCCCCAUGGAGCGGCCUGAAGCUGCACACAUCAUUGAAAACACUGUAUUUGAGGACUUGGAGCUUCCAGGAAAAACUGUGCUCAGGCAGAGGUCCCGCUCCGUGAGUUCAUCAGGAACAAAACCGUCAAGACACUCCAGCGACUCCCGUAGCCCUUUGCCAAACAGUUCGCCUUAGGUUGUGGCUGUGCCCUAACAGAUGACACAGAAUAGUCUCUGCUUAGGAAUGUGGCUUUCCAAAAUUGUAGACUUGAGAACUUUGUUCUUUGCUCAGUUUUAUUUUGGACUACUUUUUCUAAGUCAAAUUUAAACUGAAUUUUGGGGCACAACCUAAUUUGAGCCAACUCUUGAUUUUUGCUGUCCUCGAGGAGAGAACCAUCACUAAAUCACGUGUGGUCCUUUUUCUUGGUGGGUCUCUUGAAACUGGCUGGCCACGCUCUGUAGCCCUCACCUGUUGCCUGACGAGGUCAAGCAAUCCCUAAAAUUAAUAGAUAUUUUUAUAGCACAGAAUCAUGAAAAUCCCUACAUACUGUAGCUACAUUGUUCUAGAAAUACGCUUUCUAGAGAUACUGCUGAUUUUUAAACUGAUUUCCAAAAAGCUGACUCCAUUUUUGUCUCAGUGGGUAAAUCAGAAAUCUGCACUAUUUGGGAGGACAAGUAGCACAAACUGCACAGUGGUUUACGUCCAUAGCUAGUUCUGUAGUGGCCUCGGUAGCAUCAUAGCUGUUUCUCAGAUGGCCCAGGGAGGGUGUAAGAGCUUGUGCUUUACCUCCAAAAAAGGGAAUGAAGCUUUUAUGUAAAUUGGUCAAAAGUUCUGGUUUGGGGAUGAAAAAAGGCCGUAGUAAGAAAUGGAUCACAUUUUACAGUUAACUUCUUUACUUAUGGACUUUAAACCGAAUGAAAUCUUAAGUGUCUUAUAUGUAAUUCUAUAGGCAGGUUGUUUUCCAAAACUGAUUAUAGAUAACAGUUUAAUCAUCUAACUUGUUUUUAUUUUCACUGUAAAUAUGUUUAUUUUUUAUUUAUAAAAAUUCUGAACUCAAUCCGUUUGGGUUGGUGGUAUAUAGAACACACUUAAGUGUGUUAACUAUUGUGACUUCUUUCAAGUCUAAAUGAUUUAAUAAAACUUUUAUUAAUUACU